ACAAGCUGGUGGCUUGCAGACUGCGUCUGGCUGGAGACAGGCAGCGAGCCGAUGGAUAACAACACUCCGGGAGAAUGAUUAUGCAGCAGUUAUUUAAGGAUAGGCUUUUGGGGUAUGGCAGCAGCAUAUGAGCUGAUUCUUCAGGGUGUAGUCUUGGACGCAGCGUGCUGAUUGGAAUCUUCUUGUUCAAAGAUCGCAAAGGCCACGCGCUGAAGGCAAGGAGCCAUGGCUGAGGAUAGGAAAGACGAAGCCAAGGCACCACACUGGACUUCAGGUCAGCUAACAGAGGCUUCUUCACACCCACAUUCACCUGAAAUGAAGGAUCAGGGUGGCGCGAGCGCUGGACUGGUCAGAAGUGCCAAUGGAUUUCCGUACCGAGAGGAUGAGGAGCUGAGGCUGGGCAGCCACGAGCAGCCAGGGACGUAUGCUCAGACCAAAGAGAAUGGCAUCAAUGGAGAGCUGUCAUCAGGGAGCAGGGAGACUGCAGAAGAAGUGUCUGCAAGGAUAGUACAAGUAGUAACAGCUGAAGCUGUAGCAGUCCUGAAAGGUGAACAGGAAAAAGAAGCCCAGCACAAAGAUCAGCCUGGAUCACUACCUUUAGCAGUUGAAGAGUCAGCCAACCUGCCUCCUUCCCCACCUCCAUCACCAGCUUCUGAGCAGACUGGAGUUCUGGAGGAAGCCACGAAGAUGGAAUUCCGUGUCCAGGAGGGCACAUGCCCUUUUGCAGCAGAACCAUUAGACACAAAGCAACGUGAAUCUGGGAAGGACAGUAAGACUGUUGAGCAACCUAAAUAUGAUGCCUUAGUUCCACAGUCAGCAAAAACAGAGGCUGCAGAUAAAAAGGAUUUGGAGAGCAAAGACAAAGAAAAAGUGCUUUCACCUCCAUCAGAAUGGAUGUUGAAAACUGAUUCACAGAUGAAAGGGGAAGCCAGUUUUGCAGAACCUGCUGCUAAGCCUCCUGCUCCUCAAGAACAAGAGCACUUGUCAUCUCAGCUGCCUGAAGUGAGCAGGGCGGAAGAAAGGACUGCAGGCGUGCCCUCAUCGACCAACCAAGUUAUGGGUAUCAAAUUUCAAGACAACCUCAAAGAUAUCCAGGGUGGUGCCAUCAGCUAUGAGGAAAGUCCUCUAUUGCUACCAGAACCCAAGGCAGAAGCAACCAAAAGUGAACUUCCUUCAGGCUCAUCUCCUGCUCUCCCCCAGGAGCUUUCACUCAAAGACAGUUUCAAAACACAUCAGGAACCUACUGACCAACUGUUUGCCAAAGAUCUCAGUAAAGAUGAACAGAUCCACAAAGACAGGACAUUAUCUCUCCAAGAAGUCUCAGCAGUAACUGUAGAUGGAUUGAAAACUCCAAGCACCCCAAAAAUCCCUCCAUGGGGAGAGGAAAAGGACAUGACUAAGGAUGAGAGCGAUGAGGAAGAAAGAUACGACUUCUGUGAUAAAGGGGAGGCUCAAAUAUUAGAUGAUGGUAAAAUGACCACAAAAUCAGAAGUUAAGACACCUUCCCCAGACAAAACAGACUUUCAAAAGGAUGGUGAAGCUAAAAAGUCACCUGAUACUCUCAAAGCAGAAAAAGAAAUGGACCAAAGUGGGCUCUCAGCAGCAGAUGUGAAAAAGGAGGUACAGCAAAGCACACAGGUACCCCCAGCUAAGUUAAGCCAUGAACUGAGUCAUGAGCAAACAGCAGAGCACCCUGAUACCACUCAGUUAUCCAGAGUAACAGAGAAAGCCCCUGAGGCACCAGGUCUAACCACUGAGAAGACUCCUACUCUAGAAACUUCUCAAGAGAAAGAUGUUAAAAAAGAUACCGAGGAGGAUAAGACAAGUCUAGCAGCUCCUCAUCAAAUUAAGGAAGAGGAGGAUCAGUCAGGAAUGUCAAAGUAUUUUGAAACCUCUGCUCUGAAAGAGGAAGCCUUCAAAGCAGAUAGUCUGAAACAAAGCAGUGAUUACUAUGAGCUAAGUGACACUAAAGAGAGUAAAUAUGAGCCUUAUCAGAGAGGUCCUCUAAUACCUGAAGAUGAAGAGGAGGAGGAAGAGGAAGAAUUAAAUCAGCAGCAGAGUGUGCAUGCUCGUGAAAUGGGGUACAGUACCCUGGCUCAGAGCUAUACACCAGACACAUCUGAAGAACCCAGUUCUCCAACAGAAAGAAUGUUCACUAUUGACCCCAAAGUCUAUGGGGAUAAGAGAGAACUUCACAGUAAAAAUAAAGAUGACCUAACUCUGAGCAGGAGCUUGGGACUUGGGGGGAGAUCUGCAAUUGAACAGAGAAGUAUGUCUAUUAACUUGCCCAUGUCCUGUCUGGACUCAAUAGCCCUAGGAUUUAGUUUUGGUCGUGCACAUGAUCUUUCUCCCCUCGCUUCAGAUAUUCUAACUAACACUAGUGGAAGUAUGGAUGAAGGUGAUGACUACUUGCCAGCAACCACACCAGCAGUGGAGAAGGCCCCCUGCUUCCCCAUUGAAAGUAGAGAGGAAGAUGAGCACACAGAAGAAGAAAAAGCGACGGUAGAAGAAAAAGUCCAGCCUGAUACCUUGGCUGAACCGUCUCUCCAGGCCAAAGAUUACUACAAAAAUGGGGCUGUCCUGGCUCCUGACCUGCCUGAAAUGUUAGACUUGGCAGGGACAAGAUCGAGAUUAGCCUCUGUGAGUGCAGAUGCUGAGGUGGCACAGAAGAAGCCAGUUCCUUCUGACACUGUUGUGGAAGACAGCAGCACAGCCCUGCCACCUGUGACAAAUGAAAACCAUGUAAUUCUGAAAGCUGAAAGCCAGCUGGAAGACUUGGGCUACUGUGUUUUCAAUAAGUACACAGUACCACUCCCCUCUCCAGUUCAGGACAGUGAGAAUUUAACAAGUGAAACCUGUCCCUUCUACGAAGGCACAGACGAAAAACUGAGACGUGGCCUCGCUCCUGACUUGUCUUUAAUAGAAGUGAAGCUGGCAGCUGCUGAAAAAUCAAAAGAAGACUUCCUCAGUGAAAGAGAUUUAGGUCAGCAUGGUGAGUCCACUCUGGUGAGGGACUUUGAGGAGGAGAAAAAAGAGAAACUGGAUACUGUGCUAGAAAAAAGUGAAGAUCAAGUUGACUCUAAAGAGGUCUGUCCCAUUAAAGGAGCAGAACCAGAGAAGACAAGAGCUGAGGCAGCGUUAGAAAGGAAAGAAGAAAGUGUGGCUAGUAAAGUUAAUUUACCUGCUGACACAAUGUAUGACAGAAUUUCUUCUUCAGAGAUAGCAAUAGAAAAGGAUUCUAUUUGUUUGUUGCUGGAGAAGGAGAAGACCCUUAGUGUUGUUCAUGAAAUAGCUGAGAUAGCUGAUAUAGAAGCUCCAAUUAAACCAGAUUACGAUGCUAUUAAGCAUGAUAUGGAGGUAGCUGCAAGGAGAGCUGACCAAGAAUAUCAGAGUAAGUUAGACACUAAGGUCAGUGAGGUUGUUUCUCUUCCAUUAGGGAAGGACAAAGCCUCUCUUAAAAAAGCAGAGCCUGAACCCAAAGACACUCAGCAGAAAGAGGAGACCAUCUUCCCCAGAGAAGCAAAGGAUGCAGAUAUACUUUCCAAGACUGAGCCUAGUUAUGCAAAGGACAGCACCAAACUGUCAGAAAUUGAAAUUAAGGAAAAAGUACCUAAGCCAGAUCUGGUACAUCAAGAGGCAGUUGAUAAGGAGGAAUCUUACGAAUCUAGUGGAGAGCAUGAUCAAGCCCAAGAAAGUUUGAAUGGAGAAUCUGUGAAACCAGAGGAUAUCAAACCAGAACAUCCAAAACCUCCUGUGUCUGGGGAAGAGAUGCCUACACAGUUACCAGCUAAGGAGGCUUCUGUGGAGCCCCUCUUUCCAAAAGCUGAGCCAAUCCGAGAGGAGCCUGCUGAGAUUCAGAUGGAGAGCAUACCACAACUUGUAGAAGGAGCUGAAGAGACUCUUGAUAGAGCUGUGAAACCUACAGAAACCCAAAAGCUGCUGCCAUGUGAACUGGCAGCUGGGGCCCCGAAAGAGGAAGAAUAUGAGGAAGAAGAGGUGGAAGCAGGGCAAGAAGCAAAAGAAGAGGAUAAAGAGCAUCUUGUAUCAGAAAUGCCCCCAGACUUUGGUGAGCCUGCUGCAGAAGAAAUGGGAGCCAAGGGUAGCCCAGAAGCCCUGCCUGAGCUGAAAGGCAUUAUUGAAUCAGUGGUGACAGUGGAGGAUGACUUUAUCACAGUGGUGCAGACAACAGUUGAUGAGGGUGAAUCUGCUUCUCACAGCGUGCGCUUCGCUGCCACUCAGCAGGAAGACAUUGAAACAGGAGACUCCCAGGCUGAGGAGGAGCUGGAUGUUGAAGAAGUGGAAGUUGAGCCCAAGGAGGGCUCCCGAGAGGCUCCUGCUUCACCCCAGAGAGAAGAAAUCUUGCUCACUAACUACAAAACAGAGACGUGUGAUGAUUACAAAGAUGAAACAACAAUUGAUGACUCCAUCAUGGACACAGACAGUCUCUGGGCAGACACUCAAGAUGAUGAUAGGAGCAUCAUGACUGAACAGUUAGAGACUGUUCCUAAAGAGGAGAAAGCAGAGAGAGAAUUGCGAAGAUCAUCUCUUGAUAAGCAUAAAAAAGAGAAACCUUUUAAAACUGGGAGAGGCAGGAUUUCUACUCCUGAAAGGAAAAUAGCUAAAAAGGAACCUAGCACACUCUCCAGAGAUGAAGUGAGAAGGAAAAAAGCAGUGUAUAAGAAAGCUGAACUUGCUAAAAAAACUGAAGUUCAGGGCCACUCUCCCUCCAGGAAAAUAAUUUUAAAACCUGCUAUCAAAUAUACUAGACCAACUCAUCUCUCCUGUGUUAAACGGAAGCAGACAGCAGCAGGUGGUGAAACAAACCAGGCUCCUGCUGUAUUUAAACAAGCAAAGGAAAAACUCUCAGAUGGAGUAAGCAAGAGCCCUGAGAAGCGUUCAUCUCUGCCGAGGCCUUCCUCCAUCCUUCCUCCUCGGCGAGGUGUUUCAGGAGACAGAGACAGAGAGGAGAACUCCCUGUCCCUCACCUCUUCUCUCUCCUCCUCAGUACGACGGACUACCCGAUCAGAGCCAAUUCGUAGCAGAACGGGAAAAAGUGGAACUUCUACCCCCACUACUCCUGGCUCCACUGCCAUCACUCCAGGGACACCACCAAGCUAUGCCUCCCGUACCCCAGGCACUCCAGGGACACCCAGUUACUCCAGAACUCCCCACACUCCUGGGACCCCCAAAUCUGCAAUACUGGUACCUACUGAGAAAAAAGUUGCCAUAAUUCGCACUCCUCCUAAAUCUCCAGCAACUCCAAAGCAGCUACGAGUUAUUAACCAGCCUCUACCUGACCUCAAGAAUGUCAGGUCCAAAAUUGGGUCAACAGAUAAUAUCAAAUACCAGCCUAAAGGAGGGCAGGUACAAAUUGUAACCAAGAAGAUUGACUUGAGUCAUGUGACUUCCAAGUGUGGCUCACUCAAGAAUAUCCACCACAAACCAGGAGGUGGGCGUGUGAAAAUUGAGAGUGUGAAACUGGAUUUCAAAGAAAAAGCUCAGGCUAAAGUUGGUUCACUGGAAAAUGCCCACCAUGUACCUGGUGGUGGUAAUGUCAAGAUUGACAGCCAGAAGCUGAACUUCAGAGAGCACGCCAAGGCCCGUGUUGACCACGGGGCUGAGAUCAUCACGCAGUCACCAGGCAGGUCCAGCAUGGCCUCGCCACGCAGACUCAGCAACGUCUCAUCCUCUGGAAGCAUCAACCUGCUUGAAUCACCCCAGCUUGCUACCCUUGCUGAAGAUGUCACAGCAGCCCUUGCCAAGCAGGGGUUAUGAAUUUGCUCAUUUUGCAUUGUAUGAAGUAAUAAUAUUUAGGCAUGAGCUCUUGGCAGGAAUGGGCUCAGAGCAGGUGUCACGUUCAUUCUUUACCAUGUCUAAAACUAAGUUACAUCCCAAGACUUGUAGUUACCAUACAGUUUAAAAGAAAAAAACAGAAAAAAAUAAAUUCCAUAGAUGCAGAAAUUGGCCUGACCUCCAUUUACAACAGGAAGACACUGGCUUUAUAUGGGUAUACAGCGGUAUGUUACAUUGGACAAUUAUUGUUGCUCUGCUCUGUCUUGCAUGGAGUACUGUAGUAUGAUAAAAAUGCAUUUUUACCUUUCAUGUGCCUGAAGGCCAUCCACCUCUUUCUGAAGAGCCUUGUUAAUAUCCCAAGUUGCUCAUUUCACAGUUCUUUUGAUAGAUGGGGAAAUAAAAAAGAAAAGUUGCCCAUUGUAAGUUAUUACAGGUUAAAUUAACAGUCUGCUUACCAGAAGGAAGGGCAUAUAGGGAAAUUCAACUUUAAUUAAAAAAAAUAUGUUACUUUGUAUAAAUGAGUAGAACAAAAGUUGAAUUAAGUUAUUAACAUUUUUUGAACCUGGUUAAUUAUGUCAGUGUAUAGCUGAAAAGCCAAUAAAUUAUUUAAAUAAUAACUAAAAAUACUAGCUGAAAACAUUUGAAUCGUGCUUUGGGAAGUGACGUAAAAAAGCUGCUGAAAGCGAGCACUCAUACCCCAACAGACUUGUGUCUGAUUAGAAAAGUUGGUUAAGCAGCUAGAUUUGUGUGCAUACCACCAGUUCCACAUUCUUUCCAUCUGUUUGAUACAGUAUUAUAGAUAUAUAUAUUUCUCUGUGGCCAUUUGUGAUAUGCCCUCCUCAUAUACUUGAAUAUUCUACUUCUUUAUUCACAGUAUCUGUGUCUCUUGCACCCUUUGGUGUUGCAAUUUUAGGUAUGUAAAAGUAGAUGUUAGCAGGGGGUUUUUUCCCUAUUCAUAAGAAUACAUUUAAAAAAGAUGAAAAUUGUAGCAUGAAGUUGCUUUCUGUAACAACUAAAAGCCGUGACCCUGUUUUAGUGACAGAUGCAAGUCUAUUCUGUGAUGCUAGAAAAAGGAUUCCUUCCUUCUUCCCUUCCUUUCUUCACAAAGAAAUGAUUUUUGUGGGGUCCAGAUGUUUGUAAAAGAGUCUCCAAAGAAGGCUGAGUUUGGACUAUGGAUUUUUUAAAAAUCCACAAUAGUUUGGUUCUUUCCUUUCCCUCUCUCUUUCUUUCUUUCUCUCUCUCUCUCUCUCUCUCUCUCCUUUCUUUCCUUUCUCUUUCCCUCCCUUCCUUCCUCAUUUUUUCUUCAUUCCCAUAGUAACAAUGAAUGUUUGAUUUAUUGUUUUUCUUUUGCUAAAGUUGAAACACAGAAAAAAUAUUAAGAUGCUGUUUCCACUCCUUUAGUGAUGUCUCACAUGUACACUCAGGCACUCAGAUAACAGUGAUAAUCAUAGCAGAGAUGCCUGUAAAUUACAAUACAUGAAUAAAUAAAAAUCAGCUCCCUAGACUGGUUGUCAUAGUGAUUCAUCAAUUAAAUAGGGCAUCUUAAAAUCUGAGCAAAGUGGGAUUAUAUUGACUAUAAAAAGUGUAAGAAAAAAUGUGCAUGAAAGAUAAAAGGCAGAUGCACAACCAACAAAUCUAGUGGAGUUACCUGAGAGAACACUGGUGAUGGGGAUGAUCCUCAGCCGCAGAUCAUCACCUCCUGGUGCCCUAUGUACAUGAGACAUUAAGGAAUGAGCAGUUUACAUUCUUGCAGAUUGUUUUAUCUUUUCCUUUUGAAACCUCCUAACUGAACUUUGCACUGUCAGUUGAGCUAUACUUGAUGUAUGUAUUAGGUUAAUGAUGUGGUUUGGAAACUUCCGAUCUGUUCUUUUUCCUUCUUAAUUUUCGUGUGUGUGUGUGUGUGUGUUGGGGUUUGGUCUGAAAAGACUCACAGAGAUUUUUAUGUCUGUGGAGAUUCUACAAAUUAAUGGCACAGGAUUCCCCAUCAUUACAUUCAGGUAGUAAUGCAGUUACUGGUCAGUAAAUAUUCAGUGGACCAAAGUGGGGUUUUGGCUAAACUGCCACAGCAGUACAAACACAAAACAGAGUAGUUAAAUCUCUCAAACUUCUACUGAAUAUGAACUUCUGACAGCCCCACACAUGACAUUUCAGCUCUGCAAAAAGCUUUUUCACACAAUAAGGUACCUAACACUGUUUGUAAGUCAGUUGUUUCAUAUAAAGAACAGUGAGUUUAGAACCAUCCCAAGUGCAAUUGGAGGAUUCUGAUUUCUGCCUUGUAUUUGUUACACUUCUGCUUAAAGUAAUCCUAAGAAUUCACAUGGAAACAGUGUCAAGUGAGGUGCAAUAAAAUCUUCCCAUUUUCUCAGAAAAACAACAGACAGAAAGGAAAACUGACAGUAUUUGUAUCACUUUGCUCUGAUUAUGCUAUCAAUGAAUAUAAAUUAGCUUUGCAGUGGUUUUUCUUUCUAUUCCUUUUGCCAGUGUAGGAGAAAAACUAUGGUACUACUGAACCUCUGCUCUCUGAACCCGAGCAGCAUCUCAUGGGAACAGUGUUAACCUGAGACUCAAGUGUUUUUAUUCUGCUUUUAAAAUUGGCAUACUCUAGAAAAUAAGGCUUAGUUAAUUCAUCUAUGAGUCCAAAGUUAGAGUGUGUAACACACCAACUCAUUUAUUUCAUGCAUUAAAAUGAGCUUUCUUGUUUUGACUGAAGCAAAGACCUUUGUAAUCAUUAUCAUCCUUCCAUAGAAAGAAUCCUAGAAUGCUGUGGAGUUAGAUGAAAAGAAAUUAAGAGUUUUGUGCUUUUGAAUAAUAAUUAAAAAAAAAACCAAGUUAUGUUACAUGACUCUAGAUGUUCACUGAAAAGCUCAUAUUAAUCUUAACUUUCUCAAGAAGAGUGUUCGUUUCAAAAACAACAGUUUGUAAAUAUGUAAUGCCCACUAAAGAAGAUAGAGCCAGCUUCCUGGAAACUGCAUCUGUUGUGUUUCUUUUCCACAGGCAUGUUGAGCCAGCAGGUUUGUUGGGUGCCUGAGACCCAAUUGUGUAACAAAGCAGAGGUAAUCCAGACAAAAGGAAUGGUGAAACCUUGUUUGGGUACCUAGGGGAGCACCCCAAAUUUAGCAUCCAUCGGGUUGUAGAGAUGAAAGAGUGCUUCUGCCUCAUCUGCAGAGUUCUGUUUCUAUGUAACCACAAGCUGAAACAAAUCAAAGUUGAGCAAACCUCUGUCCAGCAAGAGUAAAGGAAAAACUAAACCUGAUGAGGAAAAUUAUGAGCCCAUGAGGGCAAUAUAUAUUUUCACUGUACAGCAGUAAAUGGAAUUAAUUAUUCAGUCCUCUGCUAUGGUACAGUAGUAACCUCAUCAUGACUGCUCACACAUCUAAGUUUGCCUAAAUACACGACUCAAAGGGAGUCAAAAGGCAGCCUGUGUUGGCUACCACAUGAGCAGAAGUUUUUUCCAUGCUGGAAUAAAUACUGUUUGAAACCCAAGUAUAUGUCCCUUCAAAGGCAAAUGCCUUGAAGAGUAGAUCACAUUAGCUGUGAAAAUCAGUGCUGGUAGAUUUCUAGCCUAGGUGUCUGUGAGUUCACUCACUAGUCAGAUUGCUAAAGCAACUCCCUCUGCAACUCCAGCAAUUCCCACUGCAGGAAGGUAAAUUAGUUUCACACUGGGAAAACUCAAGUGUAUAAAAGCCACUUCAACUUUAGCAAAGAGAAAAAGCCAACAAGUAAACAUGCUGUAUGCUGGGAUAUCAAGGAAUACAGUCUGCUGUUACAAACCUGUGUUUUUUCUGAUAAUUCUAGAGCCUGUUACCAUAAAAGAGGCAUUUCUUGAAUGGCUGGUGGUAGGUAGUUCAUGUUUUUCAAUCCGAUUUGCAAUUGUAUUUGUUGCUGUAUAGUGAUUGUUUUGCAAAAUAAACUCGCUUGUCAUCUAA